AUGCCAAUCUGUAUCGAGUGUAAACACCCGGUGAAGACGCUAUGGACCGAAUAUUCGCGUGCGCAUGGCCAGUCUGGAGGGCGCGGCAUUCGACUCAGCGUUUGUCGCAAUUGCGGUCGCUUUUGCGACAAGUACGUGGAGCAUGACUACGUCAUCAUCUUUAUCGAUCUGGUUUUGAUUAAGCCCCAGGUCUACAGACACAUCCUCCACAACAUGUUGAUGCGGGAGGGAGAUCGAUUUGAUCCCUCCAUCAUCCGACUUGGCGUCCUACUGUUGCUAUUUGACGUCUACCUCACUUGGGAGGGCAUCGAGAAACAGGCACCUCCGGCUAUCUUUCCCGGUGGAAGCAACCUUGGGAGCAUGGCCCAGCGGCCGAUUUUGGUACAAUACCUCUUUUUCCUCAUCCUUUCCAUAUCGUCAACACUGGCGCUCCAUCUAAGUAUUCGAUUUCUCGCCUGCUCGCCGUAUUCACCUUUAAGCGCACUGCAAGUUAUGCCACGAUAUACACGUCCAAAUUCAGUAUCGACCGCACUGUUUGUGUCUUCGUACGCCAGGCUGUUCCCAAUCUUGCUAGUCAUUUGGAAGCACGAUGUCCCCGCUGCAGCCAGAUCACCCUUACGAUGGGCCGUUGUGGCAAAUAAUGUUGAAGGUCUCCGAAUUUUGCUGGAUUGCAAAUACUACAUAGCCUUUAUUCUUGUAGUGUCUGGCGCAGUGUCGCGAUGGGCCACGGGAAGGAUUAUCCUCAUUGGUGCUGGUCUUGGAGAUGUCGACCCUAUCAGCGAUAGCAGUGUCGCCGCUGAUGGGAAGGCUCUCUGGGAUCUAUUCACAAUGACAAUAGGUUGGGCUGGUCGAUUAGCUAGAGGUUAA